UUAUGCACAUCCACUGAUCAUUCUCAUCAUCCAUGGUUUUACUAUUGAUAUUAUCAGUUUGCUAGAAGGGUGUAACGUGAAUUUGGAUGAUAUGAAAGUUGACUACAAUAGAAUCUAUAUGCCAACUGGAAUGUAAAUGUUCUUAUCAUUUGGUUAAAAAUGCCAGAUCCAUGUUUGUUAAAAAUAUACCAUGUUUGUAUUUGGAUAGAGCUUUGUAUAUGUUGAAAAGUGAAGAAGAAGAAAAAAAGAGAAAAAGUUUUCAUAGAGCUUUGUAUUUGGAUACCUAAACAGCUUAAGAUGUUGGGUUUUAGUUCUUUUUACAAAGUUUUGUUGCACUGUUAAAAGGUUUAUUGCACUGUCAGUAUCUUCUGUUGUUGUUUGGUUCUCUGUUGUUCUUUGACUAAAACCUCAGUGGUCAGUUUGGCCCUUAUAUGUUCGUUCUCUCGUAUGAGGAGUCAUCUCAAUUUAGGAAUCUCCAAACUAGAAGAGGUUUCAGAUGAUACAGUGAAAGCUGUGGCUGAUACUUUAAAGAAUUCUACUUUUCUUAAGGUUUUUGAAGAUGGUAAGAAGAUUGGUAGGGCUACUGAGCUUUUGCCGCCAGAUGAGGUCAUAGAACAAUCAGACAGUAGGACAAUCGCCGCAUCACCCCUAGAGUAUGAUGUCAAGCUUGAACAUGUGGAAUCCUUCUUUGGUCAGUUUGCCAAGGUUAAUAAUGUGAGGAUGCCUCGCCAUAUUGCAGACAAAAGGUUAUUUUGUGGCACUGCUUUGGUUGAGUUCUCGACUGACGAAGAUGCGGCUAGCACAUUUCUUGCUUGCACCAUGCUUCUCUACUUCACCUUGCUUAAGCCCCUUUGA